UAUUUCCGGAUAGGAUCUCUACAUUACACCCCACCCCUCAUCUAUAUUUUUUCCUUUAGCUAGUUAGCACCAGUGGCAAUCACUAAGGAAAGGAGGGUACAAUGCAGCAACGGGAAGAAAAACUGCUGGAAGGAUCAGUGGAAUCACUUAUUUCCCGCGUUGCUCAUCUAAAAAACGCGCUUCAUAGUUUUAUCUACAAGUUGGAAAACGAAUAUGAACGAUUAACAUGGCCCUCUGUGUUGGACAAUUUUGCACUCCUGUCUGGUCAGUUGAACACCAUCAAUAAGGUAUUGAGGAAUGAGAAGACCCCGUCUUUCCGUCAGCAGGUUAUCAUUCCAUUGCUGCUGUCUCCAGACAGAGAUGAGGACCUAGCUAAAUUAACAGAGCAGCGUGUGCCUGUGUUCAGCCAUGAGAUUGUGCCCGAUCACCUGCGCACCAAACCUGACCCUGAGGUGGAGGAGCAGGAGAAGCAACUGAGUGCAGAAGCAGCUCGAAUAGGACCUGAGGUGGCACAGAAACAAAUACAGACUUUGAAUAAGCUCUGUUCCAAUCUACUGGAGAAGUUGAACAAUCCCCGUGAUGACAGGGAUGCGGACAGUGCAGCUCUCCGGCUGAACAAACCAUCUUUCAACCCAGCGGACACCAACGCACUGGUGGCCGCAGUGGGCUUUGGGAAGGGCCUUUCAAAGUGCAGGCCCCCCGGCCCUGUGGCCCCGGGUCACCCCGGACAAGGGCCCAUGAUGAGUGGAGGUCCCACCUUACAACAGGUCACCAUCAGUGGGGGCUCCGGCCAGCUGCAAGGCAUGGGCCCUGGGGCUCCUCAGCAACAGGGACAGCCAGGCAAAAUGCCCACCAACAUCAAGACUAAUAUCAAGGCUGCCUCCUCAAUGCAUCCUUACAACCGAUAAGAUCCCCUGUGUAUUACUGGUGGAACAUGAAGCCUAUGAAUGAUGUAUUCAUAUUGAUAUUUACUGUUAUCUUUCUAUUAAAAUAAAUAAUAAAAUUGCCAUCUGCAGAAAUGUAA